AAUAAUGCCUAGUACAUUUUCUUGAGCUACCGAAUUCAAUGUGUCUGCAGAGCACAAUCAAUAACGAGUUCUAGUGAAAGCACACAUCUUCCUUACCAGAAAUAGAAGAAGAAGAAAAACCCAGAUACCUCUUUAUCGUCCGUGUUAAAAAUAUCGUCAGUUCUCAGGAGUUUCAAAGUCCAACAGUAGCUAAACUACCUUAAUAUCACAAGCAGGGAGCUUUAGUAGAAGGAAAAGCCAUUCUCUAUAAUCCGGGAAGAAAACUUAGAAAUUUGAUAAGCUAUGUUUUCACAAAGGGAAAUCUAGAUCUUGUUUGCUAUCAUUCGUGGAAAUUGCAUCAAAAAGUGUAAUUGAGAGCUCACAUUUAUAUAUGUAUGGGAGAUGCUUACCGUAACUGUACUGUUGAACUUUGUCCUACUUCCAGAGUUUCGGCUACAAUGAAUCCAGGGCAACUCACUCUACUUGGAUCCACUAUCUGUGUGAUGCUUACAACACAUUUUUCAGUACAGCUUAUAUCGGAGCAUCUACUCCACUGGAAGAAGCCUAAGGAACAAAAGGCUAUAUUAAUUAUCGUACUUAUGGCUCCUAUAUAUGCCAUUGACUCUUAUGUUGGGUUACUAGAUUUUCGGGGAAGCAAAGCAUUUUUCAUGUUCUUGGAGUCAAUUAAGGAAUGCUAUGAAGCCUUGGUGAUAGCUAAGUUCUUGGCUUUGUUGUACAGUUAUCUGAACAUAUCCAUAAGUAAAAACAUAGUGCCCGAUGAGAUCAAGGGUAGGGAGAUCCACCAUUCUUUUCCAAUGACUCUAUUCCAGCCUCAUACUGCUCGUUUGAACCAUCACACACUGAAGCUUCUCAAGUACUGGACUUGGCAAUUUGUUGUGAUUCGCCCUGUUUGCUCUAUCUUGAUGAUUACUCUUCAACUUCUUGGGUUGUAUACUAGUUGGGUCAGCUGGACUUUCACAAUCAUUCUGAAUAUUUCAGUAUCUCUUGCUUUAUAUUCUCUUGUGGUUUUCUACCACGUGUUUGCUAAGGAGUUGGGGCCACACAAACCUCUUGCGAAGUUCUUGUGCAUCAAAGGGAUUGUAUUUUUCUGCUUUUGGCAGGGAAUUGUGCUUGAUACUCUUGUGUCACUCGGUGUAAUCCGGUCCCAUCAUUUCUGGCUUGAUGUGGAGCAUCUUGAAGAAGCACUCCAGAACGUGUUGGUGUGCGUUGAAAUGGUUUUCUUUUCUGCAUUUCAGCAGCAUGCGUACAGUGUUGCACCAUACAGGGAUGACAUUGCUAAAGUAGAGAAGAAAGAUUAACACGGAGGCCCCUCGUUGACGGUGGCUAGACGUGCUUCUAUCUGUAGAUGAUGGUAAUGCUUCUUGUAAGCAUGUAUAAGCUAUAGACCGUCCGUGGGACUUUGUAUCAGCGGUCUAUAAGGACCUCUAGCUAUCAUACUAGAAAUAAAAAGGUCCAUGGCGUUUCUGUUGUUAUUAUAUUUGCACCUGGUAAAUUUAUACUGAUCACCCUACUAUUGCUAUUGUGCUUUUGAUGCUUGUUAAGGAAUGGUUGAUAUAUAUUAAUAGACCCUGUAGUGUUUGAUUUUGAA